CUAAUCUGUUCUUAGUUACAUGCUGUGACACCGAAGGUGUCUAGUGUAGCCUCCAAAUAUAUUAUAGGUGUCUCUUUACUGAUUGUAUCCCCUGCUGUGUAAGCACCCGAUGAUCAUACAGUUGCUUCAGAAUACAGUUACUUUUAGGUAGUCUAUGCCAUGGUAAACAAUUCAGAUGGUUCUGAACAGUAUGCUCAGAUUGAACACGUUUCCAUCUCCAAAACUGAGAUGAUGCAAGAAAGGAAGUACAUUACGCUCUUCACAGGCUCAAUCUUGUUGGGCAAGUUUUGUUCUCAGUUGGAGAUGAGUGACACUCACUCAUGUGAGGCAUAGGACACAGACAAGCAACUUCACACUGACUGGAUGGGAGCUGUGGCCCAUUGUGUGAGAUACAGAGAUGAAUCUCAGAGCUACAGGAUUAGUAGGCCUAAAAAGUAAUAGCUUUUCCCUAAUAACCUAAAGAAAAAUACUUCAAGAAACGAUGAUUUCAGUUAAAGUGUUAAUGAGAAUUGUAUUACUAUAUCCUUAAACACUUGGUCAAGAUGUCUUUGGGGGAGGGUCAUUGAAUCACAGUGACAAACACUUUUGUGUUUUAAAGGAAAUCUUAACAGCGCCCCCUAUUGAAUGGACUGACUCAGAUCUCCGCUACCACAGCAGACGUAGCAAAACCAUAGCAAAACAAGGGAGCGGUCGGCGUGGGGGCGUGCCGAAUCUGACGCACAUUACGUAGCCAGCUCAGCCAAAUUCUUAACUGGACAAAUACACCAGCAGGUCAAUUGCUCCUAGCGAGUUUUAAAAAUAGACUUUGCACAUCACCAUGGAAGUGAACGGAUGCAAUAUUCAAGUUCUUCUGCAAGCUGCCGAAUAUUUGGAGAGAAGAGAGCGAGAGGCGGAACACGGCUAUGCUUCGGUCUUGCCGUUCUACAGCAAAGGGGUGUCCGAUAAAAGAAGCAAGCAGAAGAACAAGAAAAACGGCGCUGGAAACAGCAGAUCAGUCCACAACGAAUUGGAAAAACACAGGAGAGCUCAACUGAGACACUGCCUAGAGCAGCUAAAACAGCAGGUUCCUAUCUCCUCAGACUCAGCCAGAAACACCACUCUUAACCUACUGAGAAGGGCACAGCUCCAUAUCAAGAAGCUGCAGGAGCAGGCGGAGCGGGCUGAGCUGCUGAAGGGCCGUCUGCGCUGGCAGCAGCAGGAGCUGCGCGGGCGUCUGGAGAAGCUGCAGGCCGGCGCGCCCAUGGCCACCGAAAGAAUCCGCAAUGACAGCCUCGGCUCGGCUGUCUCCUCUGAACGCUCCGACUCAGACAGAGAGGACGUGGAGAUCGAUGUGGAGAGCAUGGUCUGGACACUGGAGUCAGAUGGCUGCAUGCACACAGUGGUGGACCACUGUUACUCAACUCCUGACCGCGUAUGGCUAUGAUUGACAGGUGUGUGUGUGUGUGUGUGUGUGUGAGUGAGUGUGAUCAUCCCACUCUGGAGAGUGGAAACAUUCCAAAUCAGUUGAAAAAAAAGACCUGGAAAGAAGAAAAACAUCAUGUUCUUUAUUUUUCAAUAUAUUUUUUUUUUUUUUAUUAUAAUCCCAGUCCAUCGGUGACACAGACCUCUGUGAUGUUCUAGUCUGAGAUGGAAUUCUACAUUUUUAGAGGGUUGAAAAGCAUGUUAAGGACUUUCAUUUUAGAGAAAAACAUCCUGAUCAAGAGAGUGCAUUAUCUAAGGGAGAGGAAGGAAGGAAAAAAAAACUGAUGCAAGUGUUGUGAACUUGUGGUGCUGUAGCUUUGGCCAAGCCUUUGCAAACUCACUUCAGAAACUGAAACCUAGCCCGUGCAUUGCAUCUUUUGAGGCUAACUGUCUUCUUUUUUUCUCUUGUCAUUCUGUAAACACACUCUCUGAUUUGACAUGUCAGCUCCUAAGCUUAAUUUCAGGAACCGUCUGCACAGAAAAGCUUGCACUUGUUUCCUGGAGUUGAACCUAUUUAUGGUUUUGUCCAUGUGUCUUGCUCUGAUUUUUUUUUUUUUUUUGAUGACAUUGUUGUACAAACAUCCACAAAGCACUUGGUUUUUGUUUUGUCCAUUUUAAGGGGUGUUUGGCAACAUAUUACAGAUUUUAAUACAAGAGAUCAUGUUUGCACAUUUUUGAUGGAAAUUAGUUGAAUAAUUUCAUGACAAGGACAAAAUCUCUUCCUCACUGUCAGAGACUCUUACGCAGAGCAAGGCUGUGACCUGACCGGCCCCUUAUCACCCUUCUUGACUUUUCUGAUUUUAUACAAGAUACGUGUAACCCGUUAAAUACAUCUAGGAGAUUAACUUGGGCUGAUGAAGGGUGGCUACGUCAGCACACCAGUGACGAGUUACAGCUUUGACGCUGCCUUUCACAGAAGAGGAACUCUUUGAGUGCCUCACCUUCUGAGCUGUGUGGCAGGAUGGAAAUGUUCUGGCCCUUGCGAUGGGACAGGUUCAUCAUGACUUGUGCUGGGCUACCACCGAGGAAGAAAGACAAUGAGUGGUUUCUAACCCAUUGUGGGUGUGAUGGUGCAUGGGGCUCUCUGGUCUUUUGAGGCCCUUAGGAAACACAAAAAUGCAGUGAAAAGAAGUGUUACUGAUCCAAGCUAUUUCAUUUUUGUUUUAAAAAAAAAAAAGGUGCUUGACAUGGGUUUUUUGGUUCGGCCACAUAGGACAACUCUUAAGCUAUAAUAACAAAUCUUGAAGGUGUCACCUGGAGCGGCUAGUUUCUUUGUGGCAACUUUGAGUUAUGUGGUCAAGUCUUAGAACCCUUAAAGGUUAUAGAUCGCACUUUUUCUCUGGAGAGUAGGUUAGCUUUACGUAGAUGUAGUGCUUGCAUGCUCCUACAACAGCUGGUGACCACUACAGCUGGAUGUGCAGUCUGACUUAACAGCUUCUUCCCAAUGAACUGGUACCUCAACAAGGUGCAUCUCAACAACAAGCAAACAAACAAACGUUCAUAUCAGUAGGAAAACGUAAGGACCUGGACAAACCAAUCUCCCUUUUGUCACUGUAAACUGACUUAUGCAACAUGUGUCAGUGGUGGUGUUCACCAGACUUAACAGGUAUUUGUGAAGGACCUUUGCCUUUUUGAUUGUGACCACCUGAAGCCUUAUUGCCUGUAUCUGUAUCACUGGAAGAAGACCAUCACCUUUGUAUCUCUGUCCUUUCCUACUCCCUGUUUUCCAAUGUAGCAUUUUUAUACUAGUGUAUACACUUUUGUAUAAAUAAAUAUUUUAUGUAUUUAA